GGCUUAAAAGCCUAAUUCACGGGCUUCUACCUGUGACGUCACGGUAAUUUGAACGCACAGUCAAUUGUUACCUGUCAGCCUGGUAGGAUUGGGCGACAGCACUCAACACUUUUCUCAUGUUGACGUUUCAUGUUACAGGUAUCGUUAUUCAACUUUGAAUGAUGAGCAAAGACACAAUAUCAGCAGCAGGGCACUUGUGUUAUUGCUGAUGAUAACCAAAAAGACACGCACUAGAAAUAACAGUAUCUGAACAAUGAUUGAUAAUGGUGAGCAGCGGUCGUAGAACACGGAAGGAUGGAUGUCACAGUAUGUGAUAAUGAGGACACGGGGCACAUGCAGACAAGAAGUAAAAGGUUGACCCAGGUUGAGAGUAGAAGGACGGAUGAGACAGAAUAUGAAGCAAAGCACAGAGAGAAGGUGGACAACCGAUGUAGAGGGUUGAGGCAGGUGAAGGGAAGGGCGGAUAUCAUGCAGAAUGAAGCCAAAGGGAGCGUGCAGGUGGAAACUAGAAGUAAAGGGUUGACCGGGGCAAAGAAAAGAAGGAAGGGUGAGACAGAGGGUGAAACCAAGGAGAGAGUGGAUGUGGAAACUAGAAGUAAAGGGUUUACCGGGGCAAAGAAAAGAAGGAUGGGUGAGACAGAGGGUGAAACCAAGGAGAGAGUAGAGGUGGAAACUAGAAGUAAAGGGUUGACCAGGGCAAAGAAAAGAAGGAUGGGUGAGAUAGAGGGUGAAACCAAGGAGAGAGUAGAGGUGGAAACUAGAAGUAAAGGGUUGACCGGGGCAAAUAAAAGAAGGAUGGGUGAGACAGAGGGUGAAACCAAGGAGAGAGUGGAUGUGGAAACUAGAAGUAAAGGGUUGACCAGGGCGAAGAAAAGAAGGGUGGGUGAGACAGAGUGCGAAACCAAGGAGAGAGUGAAGGUGGAAAUUGGAAGUAUGGAAUUAUCACAGGGAAAGCGACAAAGGUCACAAGUAGAAAUAGGUGCUGGUAGCAGGCAAAUGCAGGUGGAGAAAAAAGAUAAAGGUUCAAACAUGACAAGAAAGUGGCCAAAGAAAGGUUUAAAAAGAGCCCAGGUUGAAACCAAAACCCAACUCAAGGUAAGGACAGAUGCACCAGUAAGUGAAUGCAAAAGGGAUAUUGGAACCAGAGACAAGGCCUUGGCCACAUUGAGGAAAGGAAGAUAUAAGAUAGAACGUGGAAAUGAGAAAGUGCAGACUCGAAGUAAAGGGUCUACCCACCCAAAGAAAACAAGGAAUGUAUAUCAGGUGAGAAGUGGGAAAAGAAGGAGCUUACGCAUCACUGAGAGAAAACUGGAACUGCAACAUGAAAUAGCCGAAAUAAUGAGUUUAAAACAACAUACUAAGUCUGAUGAAAUGUCAGCAAGAAAGGAAAAAAAGGCAAUAAAUAGAGUGGCUGUAUUGAGGAAAGAGGGUAGACCUGACACUUCAAAGAGAAUGAGGACUUUGCAUCAAGGGAUCAAGAGAAUGAAACACGAUGCCAGGGGAGAAAAGAAGUUGAAAGGAAAACAAAUAUCCAAUAAAAAGACGAAAGAAAGAAUGGGUAAAUGGCACCACAGUGUUCCAUGCUCAACAGCCACCCGAAACACCUUGUCAGCAUUAGGUGAUGUUGCAACAGAGGACGCUCAAACAGCAGACACUGUGGAGGAAGAAGAGAGUGAAAAUGAUGAGGAAAACGAGGAAGAUAGGAGUCUAACAUUGGGAGCAGCAGCUGUUUCUACAGCAGUGACUACUCUGACACGUCGUAUUGCCGAACAAGGCACAUCUGUCUGCCAAGAACCCGUCAUGUCAUUGAUGACUUCACAAUCUCAAACACAAGAAAUGGACACAUCCUGGGUACCAACAUCAUCUGGUGCUCCUUCAACCAUUCAGGUUAACGUUCUUCAAGUCAAACAGCAGUUUGGAGAUGUGACGAUGAAGGGGGCCAGAAAUGUGACCUUCGGUGGAACGCAGAACAUCGGCAAAUCUCAGCCCUGUCCCCAGGAGGACGAGGAGAAACUGCUGACUACAGUACAGAAGAUCAGGAAACGAACAGAAUUAAGGAUACAGAGGUGGACCCAAGGUAUGGUUAAAACACAGGCACUACAGAAGGUGAUGGAGAAGAUUGACAGAGGAGCAAGAUGGGUGACAAUAAAGGGCAGACCAGGAGAGGGGAAGUCUACAGUGGCCUACAUGGCCCUCGGAGAUCUGCACAGCCAAGGGAGACAAGUAUUCCAAGUUGUGUCCCCAGAGGAAUUCAAUGAGGUCACCAGGACCUGUACCAACCCAGUGAUUAUGUUGGAUGAUAUAUUUGGUGAUCUGGAAUUUGACGUUGCAGAGUGGACCAAAUGGAGACCCUCUCUUCGUCCCAUUCUUGAUAAGCCUGACUUGGAGCUAAAUGAAACUUUAAAUAAGUUAACUGACAUCAAUCCAGAGCAAAAUCGAAAGAAACAAUCUUUAUUUAUUCUUGUAGGACGUGAUUAUGUACUAAAAUCCUCUUUACAAGACCUUGGAAGAGUGAGGGAAUAUGUUACAAGCAGUAAACAUCUAGUCGAACUCUCACCAACCAGACAUCAUGAAGAAAAACUUAAUAUUUUGAUAUCAGUUUUUCGAAUGGAAGGUGUUGACAUUGAGAAAAAAGUCAUUUUUAAAUUAAGCCACAUCGCGUGUCCACAUGGGUUUCCACAUGUCUGUAAACUUUUUGCCACAGCCUUUAAACAGAAUGCCAAGGUAUCAGCAGAGGAGUUUUUCACGAGUCCUCUUGAAUUUCUAAACCAAACUUUGCAGAAAUUAAUAAACAAUAAAUCAAAGUAUCAACUCCUGAAGGCAAUGAUCCAAGGAAAUGGUAAAGUGUCCCAGUCUGAAUUGUAUAAAGACAAAUACAAGAUGCAUGACUGUGUAUCAUCUGCCAAUGAGCUUGUUGGGUCAUAUCUGAAGCUGGAAGAUGGUACAUACAUGUUUGACCAUCCAUCAAUCUAUGACAGUGUUGCAUUUCUUCUGACUGAAAAAGAUCCAGUAUUUGUCAUUGAGAAUUGUAGUCUCUCAUUCAUCAACCAGCGACUUAGACAUGGGACUGUUGAAAACCAAGGUUUGGUUGCAGAAAUCCCACUUUUCUGCAUUGACAACUUGGUGCAGAGAUUUGCCUUGGAGAUUCAGCAGGGCAACUUGGCAUAUGUAAUCUCACACCAAAUCUGUUGUGAUCCAGAUUUCAUUGAUAAAAUGAUGAACAUACUGAAAGAACAAUAUCAGAUAUCUAUAUAUACAUUUCUGAGGAACACUGAUAAAGAAACACAAGAAUCCUGUUUGGAGUUGCUUCCAAGCAACAAAUCUUCAACCAUGGUGAAAUACAUACUGGAGAAGGGAAACAUUACACUGCAUCAGACAGAGAUAGAUGAGAUAUUAUACGGUGCGUGCAAACAUGCUGCAGGUAAUGUGCUGACAUAUCUGACACAACAUGUAAAACUGGACAUCAAUGCGACCUACGGCGAAUGUGAACAGACCCCGCUGAUGAUAGCAGCUGAGACUGGAGAUUGUAACUUUGUACACCAGAUACUUCGCCUUCUUCCUGAUCUGAAUGCAUCUGACAGAAAUGACACAACUGUGCUGCAUUACCUGUGUGAACAUGGUCUUGUGUCAGCUGUGGAGUAUGUGAUUGACAAGGGUGUUGAUAUUGAUGUAACAGAUCAGAUGGAAGAAACUUCACUUUUUCUAGCGUGUCGGUCUGGUCACAAGGGCGUAGUGAAACUGUUACUGGAUAGAGGAGCACUAGGUUAUGUGGAUAACUGUUAUACGUCUCCUCUACUUGCGGCUUGUCUCAAUGGCGAGGAAGAAAUUGUAAAACUGGUGCUGGAUAGAGCUGAUGUUGAUAGUAAAUUUAAGGAUUUGUCUCUGGGUUUGACAUGUGCUUGCGGCAUUGAGGGAAUAGUAAAAGUUUUGCUGGACGGAGGAGCAAAUGUUGCUGGUCAUGAUAUCGAUUUCAGGCCUCUGUAUGAAGCAUGUAAACAUGGACAUGCGAACAUUGUUAAGACUUUACUUGUGGCAGGAGCAGAACUUAGUGGCGAUGAAGUGUGUGCUUCAUGUACAAGUGGGAAUCUGGAUGUUGUUGAGAUGCUGUUUGAUAAAGGAGCCACAGUCAAUAUGAUAUCGACGGGUGGACAACUCCCUCUUCAUGCAGCAUGUGAAAGUGGAAAGUUGGAUGUCGUGAGAAUUUUGACGGGGAAAGGAGCAAAUGUCAGCAUGGUGGCUCCAAAUGGAAAUACUACACUGCACUCAGCGUGCAAGGGAGGAAGCCAAGAGGUUCUUCUAUAUUUACUUGAACAGCUUUAUACGUCUCACGAAGAAGACCAAAAAGAAGUUGGUCAAUCGGCUGAAGGUUUCAGAAAGCAGAAAGCUGACAAUAAUUCAGAUAUCAAGUCAAGAGACACCCCGACAGCUGCAGCGAGAGUAAAUGUAGAGGAUAACACAGGAAACACACCACUUCAUAACGCAUCAAUGUGUGGAUCGGAAGAGUGUGUUGAACUGUUACUGAAGGCUGAGGCUGAUAUACAGGUACAGAAUAGAUCAGUCGACACACCACUUCAUAACGCAUCAAUGUGUGGAUCUCAAAAGUGUGUUGAUAUGUUACUGAAGGCUGGGGCUGAUGUUAAAGCACAAAACAACUCAGGUUACACUCCACUUCAUGAAGCAUCAAUCUAUGGAUCGAAAGAGUGUGUUAAACUGUUACUGAAGGCUGGGGCUGAUGUACAGGUACAGAAUAGAACAGGCGACACACCACUUCAUAACGCAUCAAUGUUUGGAUCUCAAAAAUGUGUUGAUAUGUUACUGAAGACUGGAGCUGAUGUUAAAGUACAAAACCAGACAGGCGACACUCCACUUCAUAACGCAUCAGGGCGUGGAAUGAAAGAACGUUUUGACCUGUUACAGAAGGCUGGCGUGAAUGUUGGGGAUAAGAUAGGACGCGCGACACUCCAUAGAGUAUCAUUGUAUGGAUCGAAAGAGUGUGUUGAACUGUUACUGAAGGCUGGGGCUGAUAUACAGGUACAGAAUAGAUCAGGCGACACACCACUUCAUAACGCAUCAAUGUUUGGAUCUCAAAAGUUUGUUGAUAUAUUACUGAAGGCUGGAGCUGAUGUGAAAGUACAAAACGAGAGAGGCGACACUCCACUUCAUAACGCAUCAUGGUGUGGAUGGGAAGAGCGUUUUGACCUGCUACACACGGCUUGCGUGAAUGCUGGGGGUAACAUAGGACGCGCGACACUCCAUAGAGGAUCAAUGUAUGGAUCGAAAGAGUGUGUUGAACUGUUUCUGAAGGCUGGGGCUGAUAUACAGGUACAGAAUAGAACAGGCGACACACCACUUCAUAACGCAUCAAUGUGUGGAUCUCAAAAGUGUGUUGAUAUGUUACUGAAGGCUGGGGCUGAUGUAAAAGUACAAAACAACUCAGGAAACACACCACUUCAUAACGCAUCAAUGUGUGGAUCGGAAGAGUGUGUUAAACUGUUACUGAAGGCUGGGGCUGAUGUACAGGUACAGAAUAGAACAGGCGACACACCACUUCAUAACGCAUCAAUGUUUGCAUCUAAAAAAUGUGUUGAUAUGUUACUGAAAGCUGGAGCUGAUGUGAAAGUACAAAACGAGACAGGCGACACUCCACUUCAUAACGCAUCAGGGUGUGGAUGGGAAGAGCGUUCUGACCUGCUACAGAAGGCUGGCGUGAAUGUCGGGGAUAACAUAGGACGCGCGACACUAUAUAGAGCAUCAAUGUAUGGAUCGAAAGAGUGUGUUGAACUGUUACUGAAGGCUGGGGCUGAUGUACAGGUACAGAAUAGAUCAGGCGACAUACCACUUCAUAACGCAUCAAAGUUUGGAUCUCAAAAGUGUGUUGAUAUAUUACUGAAGUAUGGAACUGAUGUAAAAGUACAAAACAACUCAGGCAACACAGCACUCCAUUUAGCAUCAAUGUAUGGAUCGAAAGAGUGUGUUGAACUGUUACUGAAGGCUGGGGCUGAUGUAAAAGUACAAAACAACUCAGGCUACACUUCACUUCAUGGAGCAUCAAUCCAUGGAUCGAAAGAGUGUGUUGAACUGUUACUGAAGGCUGGGGCUGAUAUACAGGUACAGAAUAGAUCAGGCGACACACCACUUCAUAACGCAUCAAUGUUUGGAUCUCAAAAGUGUGUUGAUCUAUUACUGGAGGCCGGAGCUGAUGUGAAAGUACAAAACGAGACAGGCGACACUCCACUUCAUAACGCUUCAGGGCGUGGAAUGAUAGAGCGUUUUGGCCUGUUAGAGAAGGCUGGCGUGAAUGUUGGGGAUAAGAUAGGACGCGCGACACUCCAUAGAGUAUCAAUGUAUGGAUCGAAAGAGUGUGUUGAACUGUUACUGAAGGCUGGGGCUGAUAUACAGGUACAGAAUAGAACAGGCGACACACCACUUCAUAACGCAUCAACGGUUGAAUCUCAAAAGUGUGUUGACGUGUUACUGAAUGCUGGAGCUGAUGUAAAAGUACAAAACGAGACAGGCAACACCCCACUUCAUGAAGCAUCCAGGUGUGGAUCUCAAAAGUGUGUUGAACUGUUACUGAAGGCUGGGGCUGAUGUAAAAGUACAAAACAACUCAGGCUGCACAGCACUCCAUUUAGCAUCAAUGUAUGGAUCGAAAGAGUGUGUUGAACUGUUACUGAAGGCUGGGGCUGAUAUACAGGUACAGAAUAGAUCAGGCGACACACCACUUCAUAACGCAUCAAUGUUUGGAUCUCAAAAGUGUGUUGAUAUAUUACUGAAGGCUGGAGCUGAUGUGAAAGUACAAAACGAGAGAGGCGACACUCCACUUCAUAACGCAUCAGGGUGUGGAUGGGAAGAGCGUUUUCACCUGCUACAGAGGGCUGGCGUGAAUGUUGGGGAUAAGAUAGGACUCGCGACACUCAAUAGAGCAUCAAUGUAUGGAUCGAAAGAGUGUGUUGAACUGUUACUGAAGGCUGGGGCUGAUAUACAGGUACAGAAUAAAUCAGGCGACACACCACUCCAUUUAGCAUCCAGGUAUGGAUCUCAAAAGUGUGUUGAUAUGUUACUGAAGGCUGGAACUGAUGUAAAAGUACAAAACGAGACAGGCGACACUCUCCUUCAUGAAGCAUCCAGGUGUGGAUCUCAAAAGUGUGUUGAACUGUUACUGAAGGCUGGGGCUGAUGUAAAAGUACAGAACAACUCAGGCUGCACAGCACUCCAUUUAGCAUCAAUGUAUGGAUCGAAAGAGUGUGUUGAACUGUUACUGAAGGCUGGGGCUGAUAUACAGGUACAGAAUAGAUCAGGCGACACACCACUUCAUAACGCAUCAAUGUUUGGAUCUCAAAAGUGUGUUGAUAUAUUACUGAAGGCUGGAGCUGAUGUGAAAGUACAAAACAAGACAGGCGACACUCCACUUCAUAACGCAUCAGAUAGUGGAUGGGAAGAGCGUUUUGACCUGCUACAGAAGGCUGGCGUGAAUGUAGGGGGUAACAUAGAACAGGCGACACUCAAUAGAGCAUCAAUGUAUGGAUCGAAAGAGUGUGUUGAACUGUUACUGAAGGCUGGGGCUUAUAUACAGGUACAGAAUAGGUCAGGCGACACACCACUUCAUAACGCAUCCAGGUAUGGAUCUCAAAAGUGUGUUGAUAUGUUACUGAAGGCUGGAACUGAUGUAAAAGUACAAAAUAACUCAGGCAACACAGCACUCCAUUUAGCAUCAAUGUAUGGAUCGAAAGAGUGUGUUGAACUGUUACUGAAGGCUGGGGCUGAUGUAAAAGUACAAAACAACUCAGGCUACACUUCACUUCAUGGAGCAUCAAUCCAUGGAUCGAAAGAGUGUGUUGAACUGUUACUGAAGGCUGGGGCUGAUGUACAGGUACAGAAUAGAUCAGGCGACACACCACUUCAUAACGCAUCAAUGUUUGGAUCUCAAAAGUGUGUUGAUAUAUUACUGAAGGCUGGAGCUGAUGUGAAAGUACAAAACGAGACAGGCGACACUCCACUUCAUAACGCAUCAGGGCGUGGAAUGAAAGAGUGUUUGUACCUGUUACAGAAGGAUGGCGUGAAUGUUGGGGAUAAGAUAGGACGCGCGACACAUCAUAGAGUAUCAAUGUAUGGAUCGAAAGAGUGUGUUGAACUGUUACUGAAGGCUGGGGCUGAUGUACAGGUACAGAAUAGAUCAGGCGACACACCACUUCAUAACGCAUCAAUGUUUGGAUCUCAAAAGUGUGUUGAUAUAUUACUGAAGGCUGGAGCUGAUGUGAAAGUACAAAACGAGACAGGCGACACUCCACUUCAUAACGCAUCAGGUAGUGGAUGGGAAGAGCGUUUUGACCUGUUACAGAAGGCUGGCGUGAAUGUCGGGGAUGACAUAGGACGCGCGACACUCCAUAGAGCAUCAAUGUAUGGACCGAAAGAGUGUGUUGAACUGUUACUGAAGGCUGGGGCUGAUAUACAGGUACAGAAUAGAUCAGGCGACACACCACUCCAUUUAGCAUCCAUGUAUGGAUAUCAAAAGUGUGUUGAUAUGUUACUGAAGGCUGGAACGGAUGUAAAAGUACAAAACAACUCAGGCUGCACAGCACUCCAUUUAGCAUCAAUGUAUGGAUCGAAAAAGUGUGUUGAACUGUUACUGAAGGCUGGGGCUGAUAUUCAGGUACAGAAUAGAUCAGGCGACACACCACUUCAAAACGCAUUAAUGUGUGGAUCUCAAAAGUGUGUUGAUAUAUUACUGACGGCUGGAGCUGAUGUAAAAGUACAAAACGAGAGAGGCGACACUCCACUUCUUGAAGCAUCCAGGUGUGGAUCUCAAAAGUGUGUUGAACUGUUACUGAAGGCUGGGGCUGAUGUAAAAGUACAAAACAACUCAGGCUACACUUCACUCCAUUUAGCAUCAAUGUAUGGAUCGAAAGAGUGUGUUGAACUCUUACUGAAGACUGGAGCUGAUGCACAGGUACAGAAUAGAUCAGGCGACACACCACUUCAUAACGCAUCAAUGUUUGGAUCUCAAAAGUGUGUUGAUAUGUUACUGAAGGCUGGAGCUGAUGUGAAAGUACAAAACGAGACAGGCGACACUCCACUCCAUAACGCAUCAGGUAGUGGAUGGGAAGAGCGUUUUCACCUGCUACAGAAAGCUGGCGUGAUUGUCGGGGAUAACAUAGGACUCGCGACAUAUCAUAGAGCAUCAAUGUAUGGAUCGAAAGAGUGUGUUGAACUGUUACUGAAGGUUGGGGCUGAUAUACAGGUACAGAAUAGAUCAGGCGACACACCACUUCAUAACGCAUCCAGGUAUGGAUUUCAAAAGUGUGUUGACCUGUUACUGAAGGCUGGGGCUGAUGUAAAAGUACAAAACGAGACAGGCAACACUCCACUUCUUGAAGCAUCCAGGUGUGGAUCUCAAAAGUGUGUUGAACUGUUACUGAAGGCUGGGGCUGAUGUAAAAGUACAAAACAACUCAGGCUACACUUCACUCCAUUUAGCAUCAAUGUAUGGAUCGAAAGAGUGUGUUGAACUCUUACUGAAGACUGGAGCUGAUGCACAGGUACAGAAUAGAUCAGGCGACACACCACUUCAUAACGCAUCAAUGUUUGGAUCUCAAAAGUGUGUUGAUAUGUUACUGAAGGCUGGAGCUGAUGUUAAAGUACAAAACGAGACAGGCGACACUCCACUCCAUAACGCAUCAGGUACUGGAUGGGAAGAGCGUUUUGACCUGUUAGAGAAGGCUGGCGUGAAUGUCGGGGAUAACAUAGGACUCACGACACAUCAUAGAGCAUCAAUGUAUGGAUCGAAAGAGUGUGUUGAACUGUUACUGAAGGUUGGGGCUGAUAUACAGGUACAGAAUAGAUCAGGCGACACACCACUUCAUAACGCAUCCAGGUAUGGAUUUCAAAAGUGUGUUGACCUGUUACUGAAGGCUGGGGCUGAUGUAAAAGUACAAAACGAGACAGGCGACACUCCACUUCAUGAAGCAUCAGGGUGUGGAUCUCGAAAGUGUGUUGAUCUGUUACUGAAGGCUGGGGCUGAUGUAAAAGUACAAAACAACUCAGGCUACAGUCCACUCCAUAACGCAUCAGGGUGUGGAUGGGAAGAGCGUUUUGACCUGCUACAGAAGGCUGGCGUGAAUGUCGGGGAUAACAUAGAACUCGCGACACUCCAUAGAGCAUCAAUGUGUGGAUCGAAAGAGUGUGUUGACCUGUUACUGAAGGCUGGGGCUGAUAUACAGGUACCGAAUAGAUCAGGCGACACACCACUUCAUAACGCAUGAGGUGUGGAUCUCAAAAGUGUGUUGAUAUGUUACUGAAGGCCGGCGCUUUUGUAAAAGUACAAAACGAAACAGGAGACACACCACUCCAUGCAGCAUCAAUGCAUUGAUCGAAAGAGUGUGUUGAUCUGUUACUGAGGACUGGAGCUGAUGUAAAAGUACA